AUGACGACGUCCGGCGACGAAGUGCGCAAGGGUGGCGCGGAAAGCGUGGCCACUGGCGAGUGCGCUGCAUGGCGGACGACGAGAAAGUGCGGCAUUCGCGGAUGCGCAGGCGAUGAGAGCGCAAACAGAAACAUCGGCGCGACAUUUCGGCACACGCACGCGCGCACCACACACAUUGAAACAAGCGACACGCACACCAGCGAUGACGACGAGGAGCAGCGCAGGGGGGGGGGGGGGGGGGGGGGGGGGGGGGACCGAACAGGACCGGACAGUACGGCGUCGGAAACGUGGAGGAGAGGCGGAUGGGACAGGAUGGAAUGGAACGCAUUAGAGGUUGCAGAUGAAGACCGAAAGCGUGCAGGUAACGGGAGAAGGGGCGGAAAGCCGACAAUGUCCGUAUUGAGAGGAGGAGUACAAGGAGAACGAUGA